AUGUUCAAAGAUGAAGUAGCUGGCAAACAGAUUACUCACUUUGUUGAACUUCGACCAAAGCUUUAUAGUUUUAAAGUUGAAGGUUUUAAGGAAACAAGAAAGUGUAAAGGAAUAAAGAAAAAUGUUGUCAAAAAGGAAUUAACAUUUGAUAACUAUGCCCAUUGUUUAUUUUCUGGUGAGACAAAGAUGAAGUCGAUGAAAAUUAUAAGAAGUGAAAAUCAUGAUAUUUACUCAAAGGAAGUAAAUAAAAUUGCUUUGAGUGCAAAUGAUGAUAAGCGCAUUUUGAUGAAGAAUAAAAUUAAUACCAUGGCUUUAACAUAA